AUGAACGAUAUUCAGACUUUCAACAUGAACAAGAACCAAACUUUCAACAAAGGCGACCUCAUGUCCCCUAAGACAGGGUACCCAGUAUCCGAUAUACCAACUCCUCCAGAGUCGGAGGCUGCAAGCAUCCACGAAACUGAGGAGCAUCAUGAUGAAGAACAGGGCUCGUUCGUUCGGGUUCCAGAUUGUUUCGGUUCCAUCAUGGCUCCGAAACCCGCCGUCAACCCCAACUAUUUCGCAGCUAAAGCCAGAGGGGAUCGUUGGAUUGCGAAACACAUGGGUUUUGACAAGAAAACAGCAGCGAAGAAUGCACAAGCUGAUCUAUGCUAUCUUGCGUCCAUAUGGUCGGCAACAGCGUCAGAAGACCGUCUCGUCAUGAUGUUGGACUGGAACAAUUGGGUAUUCUUCUUUGACGACGAAUUUGACGAAGGACGCUUUAAGACGGACGUUCCCGCUGCAGCGGAGGAAGUGAAGCAGACCUUGGCCAUCAUGGAAGGGAGUGCACCCCGGUAUAGCCCAGAGUCGGAUCGCGUGCGGUAUAUCUUUCAGACGUGCUGCGAUAGAAUCAAGGCUACAUCCAGUGAAGAUCAGCAUAAGCGAUACUUCGAGCAACUCGUCGUACAGGUUGAUCUGGAGGCCAGAGGUGCGAGUCUCACAUGCGAUGUGGAUGCGUACUUCGACCUACGGAGAGGCACGAUUGGUGUGUACCCGGCCAUCACACUCGCCGAGUGGGCCGGUGACAUCAAAGUACCACAGAAAGCUUACGACCACCCAAGCUUGCAGAAAUGCAUGCAAGUUGCAGCCGAUCUGGUUAUACUGGUCAACGAUGUGCUUUCCUACCGUAAAGACCUCGAUCUGGGUGUUGAUUUCAACUUGAUCACCCUCCUUAUGAACAAGGAUUGUUCCGGCGUUCAACAAGCCAUGGACAAGAUUGGGGACAUGAUCGAAGACUGCUACCGCCAGUGGUUCCUGGCUUUGGCGGACUUGCCGUCCUAUGGCGAGGAAGUUGAUCGCGAGGUUAUGAACUUUCAAACUGGUCGCUUCUUGGGCAAUGAGGGCCAUGACGUCCACGAGACAGGCCUUAUGGAGCUUCCGCCUACAUUCGACCGAGCGAAUGAGGAUGAGCCCAUGGCCACGCCAGUCCCGUUACAGUCACACUCAGCGGCUCAGCCGUGUGCCGAUGUCAUGCAUGCAUAUGGAGAAAAGGAUUAUUUCGUUUGA